AUGGUCAUUUACUACACACCUUUCGACGCGGUGUCGUCAAGUUCGACUUCCUCCAACAUCUUGCCUAGCUCAGAAGCCACGACAACGCCAUCUCCGGCCUCAUCCGCAGCGUUCGCCACGCUUAUCAGCACUUACUCCGGCUCUACUCCGACGACCACGACCAUUGCUCCCACCGGAACCGACACCCAGGGCACCGUUAUCAUCUUGGUACCAAGCUCGACUGGUGGGUCUACUACGGCACCGGCUGAUGCAUCUACCGCUGUCUCGACCGCUGGGCCUGCCGUGACCUCAACGGCAAAUGUCGGCUUUGCGACGCUCAUCAGCACCUACGGAGGCUCGGUGACUUCGAUCUCGACGCUCCUCUCUCCGGGGGCCACUCAGGGUACUCUUAUCGUCCUGGUUCCGAGCAGUUCCGUCGGCGCCGGAGUAUCGUCCGCUGCAAGCCCAACAGGCGUCACAAGCCCAACAAGCGUUACGGACCCCGGCAGCGCUCCGUCUGCGGGUUUGGCGAUUAUUACCUCUACUUACGGGGGCUCUGUCAUCUCGACGUCGACCAUUCUUCCUUCGGGAUCGGGUACCCAAGGCACCCUUGUUGUCCUGGUUCCGAGCAGUUCUGCCAGCGCCGGCGCUUCCCCUGUUACAAGCUCAGGCAGCGUUCCGUCUGCGGUUUUGGCAAUCAUUACCUCCACUUAUGGGGGCUCUGUCAUUUCGACCUCGACCAUUUUGCCCUCAGGGUCAGAUACUCAGGGCACCCUUGUGGUCCUGGUUCCGAGCAGUUCCGCUGGCGCGUCGACCGUCACAAGCCCGACCAUCGCCCCGUCCGCGGCUUUUGCGACUCUUACCUCCAGCUACGGGGGCUCUGUUACUUCGUUCCAGACCCUACUGCCCUCUGGCAACGAUGUAACCGGCACCGUUGUUGUUCUCGUUCCGAGCAACGCGUUGGCGUCUCCUGCCAUUACCCCAAGCGCUACUAUCGUCACGAUCACGUCGACAUACGGCGGAUCCGUCAUCUCGACGGCCAUCACGUCGCCGGCUAGCCCCGGGGACCCCGCAACUGCCGUGGUCUAUGUUCCUAGCAGUAUCAUUUCUUCGGCCCCUGUCGCGAAUAACCUACUCACGACUCUGGUAUCCACGUACUCUGGCCUGGUCCCAUUGACGAGCACACUGGCCCCGGUCAACGCGAACGACGUAACAACCGUCGUUGUUCUACUCCCAAGCUCGACUGACGCAGCCACCGGGGUGACGCCCUCUGGAACCACUUCGGCGUUGGCCGCUGGCCUCUACACGAGCACGUACGGUGGCUCGGUCACGUUGACGUCCGUUGUCCCCAGUGGCCCCUCGGGCGAGCCUGGUAUCACCGUCAUCUAUGUUCCUAGCAGCACGGUUGCUCCGACUGCAACGAUUACUGACUUGCCUGCUGGUGGGCUGUUCACGAGCUUCUACGACGGCUCAGUCACCUUCACUUCCACUUUGCCUUCCGGAUUGGCCGGCGGAUCGGGAGCCACGAUUGUCUACAUCCCUACCAUCACUGCGGCGCCCUCUCCCACCGCCACCGAUGUGGGCGGUUUAUUCACAAGCUUCUACGGCGGCUCUGUCACUUCCACCUCUGUCUUAUCAACGGGGCUCCUGGGUCAGCCUGGAGCUACGAUCAUCUAUAUCCCGAGCCCUUCUGCCACUUCGGCUUUACAGAAUGUCUUGACCAGCACAUACGGAGGAUCAAUCACGUUUACUUCUGUUAUUCCCACUGGUUCUCUUGGAGAACCUGAACAGACGGUCGUUUUCGUCCCAAGCCCAACUGGCGCUGUGGUGUCACCCUCAGCAGUACUUCCCAACAUCUUGACCAGCACAUACGGAGGCUCUGUCACGUUGACUUCUGUUAUUCCUAGUGGCUCCCUAGGACAGCCCGAACAGACGGUUGUUUUUGUCCCAAGCCAAACUGGCGCUGUGGUGUCACCCUCAGCAGCGUUGCCCAACAUCUUGACCAGCACAUACGGAGGAUCAAUCACGCUUACUUCUGUUAUUCCCACUGGUUCUUUAGGCGAUUCUGGACAGACAGUAGUGUUUGUUCCAAGCCCCACGGGUGUGAUUGCAUCCCCGUCAGCAGCGCUGCCCAACGUUCUGACCAGCACAUACGGAGGAUCUGUUACCUUUACUUCUGUCAUCCCUACUGGUUCUCUAGGUGAACCUGAGCAGACUGUGGUGUUUGUUCCAAGUCUCACAGACGCAGUGGCAUCGCCGUCAGAGGUGCUUCCCAACAUUCUCACUAGCACUUACGAUGGAUCCGUUACACUUACUUCGAUUAUUGCUACUGGUUCUCUCGGCGAACCUGGACAGACUGUGGUGUUUGUUCCAAGUCCCACAGGCGCAGUGGUAUCGCCAUCAGGGGCGCUUCCCAACAUUCUCACCAGCACAUACGGAGGAUCUGUUACCUUUACUUCUGUCAUCCCUACUGGUUCUCUAGGCGAACCUGAGCAGACUGUGGUGUUUGUUCCAAGUCCCACAGGCGCAGUGAUAUCGCCAUCAGGGGCGCUUCCCAACAUUCUCACUAGCACAUACGACGGAUCUGUCACGUUUACUUCUAUUAUUCCUACCGGUUCCUUGGGUGAGCCUGAGCGGACUGUAGUGUAUGUUCCAACGGCCUCCCGAAUCUUGUCGUUCGCCACCAUCACCGGCACUUACAGUGGUUUGGUUCCUACGGCGACCACCAUCUUGCCUACUGGCACUGACGACCUUGGCACCGUGAUCAUUCUCCAGCCCGCCUCUGCUGCCAGUGCUCUUCCUGGUCUCUUCAUCACCGCUACUAGCGGAUAUUCUGGCUUGACGACGGCGACAUCGACCAUCUUGCCCACCGGCACGGAGUCGAUUGGCGCCGUCAUCAUCCUGGUUCCCACGAAUACGGCCUCCGUCAGCUUCGUGACCGUUACCAGCGCGUACUCAGGCGUGAUACCAUCCGCGACCACCGUCUUCCCAACUGGAAGCGAUACCGUCGGCAUCGUCGUCCUCCUCGAGCCCAUCUCGUCCGCGGACAUUUCCUUCACCACCAUCACCAGCCCGUACACCGGCUUAUCGGCCUUGACUUCCACCAUCUUGCCGUCAGUCUCUGGGCAGCCGGGCACAGUGGUCGUGUUGCAGCCCAUCCAGUCCACCGCGGCAUCCGACGCCAGCCUAUUCACUACCGUCACCAGCGGAUAUGCUGGCCCGGUCGUUGCCACGUCCACGAUCCUGCCUACGGGCGCCGGCGCCAUUGGCACUGUUGUUAUUCUGGAGCCAACAGGUUCUGCGGCGUCCAGCGUCACGGUAUCGUACACGACCAUCAUCAGCACUUACGCCGGGUCUCUGCUGGCGACGUCGACUCAGGCACCCUCCGGCGCCGAUACUGUCGGAACGGUCGUCCUGCUCGUCCCGGCUUCGAGCGUCUCUAUCCCAGGGGUCUCGUCGUAUACCACUAUCACCAGCACCUACACCGGCGCGGUGCUUUCCAUCUCAACAGCCGCGCCCUCGGGUGCUGACACUGUUGGUACCGUCAUCAUUUUCGAGCCUUCUUCUACGGCAUCCUCACAGCUGCUGCCCACCGACCUCACUCCAAGUUCGAGCGCCGGUUCGGGUGCUGGUUCAAGUGCUGGCAUCCUGCCCGCCAUCUUCACCACUGUCACAAGCGGAUAUGCUGGCUCUGUUACUCAGACAACGACGCUUCUUCCUGAUCCUAGCGAUAUCGCCAGCAUCGGCACCGUGGUUGUUCAGGUUCCUCAGUCAGUACUGUCACCCGCGCUAAGUUCGAGUGCUGGAGUCCUGCCAGGCAUCUUUACGACUGUCACAAGCGGAUAUGCUGGCUCUAUCACUCAGACAACGACACUUCUCCCUGAUCCUAGCGAUAUAGCCAGCAUUGGCACCGUGGUUGUGCAGGUUCCUCAGUCACUUACUGAUCUCACUCAAAGUUCGAGCGCCGGUUCGGGUGCCGGUUCAAGUGCUGGUAUCCUGCCCGCCAUCUUCACAACUAUCACAAGCGGAUAUACUGGCUCUAUUACUCAGACAACAACAAUUCUCCCUGACCCUAGCGAUAUCUCAAGCAUCGGCACUGUUGUUGUCCAGGUUCCCCAGUCAGCGAUUGAUAGCAACACACCGUCACUCACCGACCUCACGCCAAGUUCGAGCGGUGGUUUAAGUGGUAGCAUCCUGCCCGCCACCUUCACUACUGUCACAAGUGGAUAUGCUGGCUCUGUUACUCAGACAACAACACUUCUCCCUGACCCUAGCGAUAUUGUAAGCAUUGGCACUGUUGUUGUCCAGGUUCCCCAGUCAGCGAUUGAUAGCAACACACCGUCACUCACCGACCUCACGCCAAGUUCGAGCGCUGGUUCAAGUGCUGGCAUCCUGCCCGCCACCUUCACUACUGUCACAAGUGGAUAUGCUGGCUCUGUUACUCAGAUAACAACACUUCUCCCUGAUCCUAGCGAUAUCUCAAGUAUUGGCACUGUUGUUGUUCAGGUUCCUGAGUCGGCACUGUCACUCACCAACCUCACGCCAAGUUUGAGCGCUGGUUUGAGUGCUGGCGUCCUGCCUGGCAUCUUUACCACUGUCACAAGUGCAUACACUGGCUCUGUUAUUCAGACAACAACGCUUCUACCUGAUCCUAGUGAUAUCGCAAGUAUCGGCACCGUGGUUGUCCAGGUUCCCGAGUCGGCACUGUCACAAACCGACGCCACGGGAUUGUCGAGUCGAUCCUACACCACUAUCUUCAGCACUGGAACCGGAGCUGAAGCUGCCACGAGGACGAUUGAACCGUUCAGCGGCGACCCCAUUGGCCUUGGCACUGUCAUUGUCAAUCUUCCCAACGUCCUGGCAACGUCGAGCCCGGCGAAUAGCGUCAGCAUCGUCUACACUACCAUCGUCAGCUUCUUCUCUGGCUCUAUCCCCGAGACGACCACGCUUGACCCCGCGAUCGGAGACAGCACUGGUACGGUUAUUAUUCAAGUUCCUCUCACCGCCUCUUCCAGCAUCCCUUACACCACCAUCACCAGUGGGUUCACCGGGCUGGUCCCCCAAACCACGACCAUUGCCCCUGGCGCUCCUGGAGACUUGGGAACUGUACUUGUUCAGGUCCCCUCAAGCUUAAUCGACGUACAAGCCGCCUCUUACGUGACGGUCACGAGCAGUGGCUUCACCGGCCUUGUUCCCUUGACGACCACGAUCCCGCCGGUCAACAGCGGAGAGCCUGGCACCGUCGUCGUGCAAGUGCCCGAUCCAACCCUGGCCAGCGGCAUCCUGUACACGACUGUCACGAGUGGCUAUGAUGGCUCCACCACCCUUACCUCGAGCCUCCCGCUGGGGACUGUCGGCGGAUCUCCGGUGCAGACGGUUCUUGUGCAAGUCCCUACCGCCUCUGUUGCGAACGGCAUCUUGUUUACCACCGUCACCAGCGGCUACGCCGGGUCCGUCACUCAGACCACGAGCCUGCCCCUGGGCACUGUCGACGGUUCUCCGGUUCAAACGGUUCUCGUCCAAGUUCCGAGUGCCACGAGCGCUCUGGACGGUCAGUAUACGACUCUGACCAGCGGCUACCCUGGGUCAGUCGUCACAACACAGACAGGCAUCCUCACGGGCGCCGAUGGCUUGGUCACCGUCCUCGUCUUGUCGCCAACCGCCAUCUCCUCGCCGAUUGCCACCAGUAGCCCUGGGUUCUUCGUUACCAUCACCUCUGGGUAUGGCGGGUCCAUCAUUGCCACUUCUACGGGCUCGGUUACCGGGGUUGACGGCCUCGUAACUGUAGUCGUUCAGACCCCCACCGCGACAGUUCUGCCCGGUCUUUCUUAUACCACCGUGACCAGCGGAUACGACGGAUCGGUCGUCCAGACUCUGAUCGGGUCAUCCACCGGUAUCGACGGUCUGGCUACUGUUGUUGUCCAGACACCCACUGCAAGCAUUUCUUCACCCUCAUCAGCUUCGCCUUCAACCAUACCUGGUCUCUCAUAUACUACUGUGACAAGCGGAUAUGAUGGUGGAUCAGUGGUCCAGACUAUCAUCGGAUCAUCUACCGGAAUUGAUGGACUGGCUACCGUUGUUAUCCAGACGCCCACCGAAAGCAUCACUUCGCCCUCAUCCAUUCCCGGCCUUUCGUACACCACAGUUACGAGUGGUUACGACGGAUCGGUCGUCCAGACUCUCGUUGGAUCCUCGACUGGUAUUGAUGGACUAGCCACUGUUGUUAUCCAGACCCCAACUUCAACAGUCCUGCCUGGCCUCUUAUACACCACCGUCACAAGCGGCUACGAUGGGUCAGUUGUGCAGACUCUUACUGAAUCUAUAACCGGCAUCGACGGACUAGCUACUGUUGUCAUCCAGACUCCCACCGCAAGCAUCACUUCGCCCUCGUCUGUUUCUGGCAUUUCGUACACCACAGUUACGAGUGGUUACGACGGAGCGGUCGUCCAGACUCUCGUUGGAUCCUCGACUGGUAUUGAUGGACUAGCCACUGUUGUUAUCCAGACCCCAACUUCAACAGUCCUGCCUGGCCUCUUAUACACCACCGUCACAAGCGGCUACGAUGGGUCAGUUGUGCAGACUCUUACUGAAUCUAUAACCGGCAUCGACGGGCUAGCUACUGUUCUCAUCCAGACUCCCACCGCAAGCAUCACUUCGCCCUCGUCUGUUUCUGGCAUUUCGUACACCACCGUUACAAGCGGGUACGAUGGAUCACUCGUUCAGACGCUUACUGGAUCCUUAACCGGGAUUGACGGGCUGGCAACGGUCAUUGUGCAGACACCUACUGCAGGAAUUACUUCGCCCUCGUCUACCUCUGGUGUCUCUUAUACAACAGUCACAAGUGGCUACGAUGGUUCCGUUCUCCAGACGAUUAUCGGCACUGUCACUGGCCUUGAUGGCCUGGCUACGGUUGUUAUCCAGACUCCCACCGCAAGCAUAUCUUCACCAUCAUCUGUCCCUGAUGUCUCGUAUACAACAGUUACAAGUGGUUAUGACGGGUCUUUGCUUCAAACACUUAUCGGUACUGCCACUGGUCCCGGCGGUUUGGCCACGGUUGUUGUUCAGGUACCCACUGCAACUCCCACCGAAAGCACCCCUUCGGCUUCAUCUGUCUCUGGUAUCUCGUAUACGACAAUUACAAGUGGCUAUGAUGGUUCCGUUCUCCAGACACUUGUCGGCACUGCCACUGGUCUGGACGGCUUGGCCACGGUUGUAAUCCAGACCCCCACCUCGGGCAUUUCCUCGCCUUCAGCUGUCUCUAGUCUCUCUUACACAACCGUCACAAGUGGCUACGGUGGCUCUUUACUCCAGACACUUAUCGGCACCGCCACGGGCGCCGAUGGUCUUGCAACUGUCGUCGUACAGACACCGAGCACAGUCCCAGGUGUAUCGUACACCACUGUCACCUCCGGGUAUGACGGCUCUUUGCUUCAAACGCUCAUUGGAACUGCAACUGGACUUGACGGUCUGGCUACAGUUGUUGUACAAACACCCACUGCGGCCACUUCUCUGCCAUCGUCAACCGUUCCUGGUCUAUCGUACACCACUGUUACCUCUGGGUAUGACGGCUCUUUGCUUCAAACGCUCAUUGGAACUGCAACUGGACUUGACGGUCUGGCUACAGUUGUUGUACAAACACCCACUGCGGCCACUUCUCUGCCAUCGUCAACCGUUCCUGGUCUAUCGUACACCACUGUCACCUCCGGGUAUGACGGCUCUUUGCUUCAAACGCUCAUUGGCACCGCAACUGGUCUUGAUGGCCUUGCCACGGUGCUCAUUCAAACACCCACGGCAGCCAUCACCUCGCCGACGACGACUGUCUCUGGCCUACCAUAUACCACAGUUACCAGUGGAUAUGGCGGAUCGCUUCUCCAGACUCUUAUCGGCACGGCCACUGGAGCAGACGGCCUCGCAACUGUGUUGGUCCAAGUACCAACUUCCUCGGUCGUUUCUGUCCCCUCCGUCACGGCGCCGCUGUCCUACACCACGGUCACCAGCGGGUAUGACGGAUCGUUGCUCCAGACCUUGCUCGGCACCGUCACCGGAGCAGACGGGCUUGCCACAGCCGUUGUUCAAGUUCCGACCGGCUCAACUACCGUUGUGCCUUCGGCAUCCACGACGCUCCCAAAUCUUUCAUACACAACUGUUACGAGUGGUUACAGCGGAAGCCUCCUCCAGACACUUAUUGGAACCGCGACCGGUCCAGACGGGCUGGCCACGGUUGUCAUCCAAACUCCCACGUCGGCGGCCACUUCUGCAACUUCGGUCACGCAGUCUAUCAUCUCGUACAUCACAGUCACGACCACCUACGAUGGUUCAGUCACCCUGUCGCAGACCGUUGCGCCAGCUGCCUCUGGUCUCCCUGGUACCAUUUUUGUUCAGAUCCCGACCAAUGUUGCUUCAAGCACGCCCUCGCUCAGCAUCUCGGAUGGUACCACCUAUACGACUAUCACCACGUUCGUCACGGCAUCCACGACUCAGAUCUCGACGCUUGCUCCAUCCGGCAAUGCCAAUCUUGUGACUGUGCUCGUUGCCGUUCCCCGAGUCCUCAGGUUUGCCACGGUUGGUGUCCCGGGUCUUUCAGUCACGGCCACCACGACCCUGCCUGUUGAGCCCGAUGGCGUUCAGACUGUCCUAAUCCAAGUUCCUACGUCCGUCAUAUCGUCUUCACCUGGAGCCAGCGGUAUCACCACCGUCUUCAGCACAUACCCCGGCUCGGUCACUCUGACAUCAACCGGCAGCCCAAUCCAGCCAGGAGAUCUGACUACAGUUCUUGUCCAGGUGCCUGCCGCCUUGGCCCAGAUCACCACCACGCGUUUCGGUGCACCCUCCGCGGGCACUACUACAAUCCCUGCUUUGAGCAGCGGCCUGCCGGCGACGGUUGUCAUCGAUGUUCCCGGCGUCUUCUCGACGGUCACCAGUGGAUACUCCGGUCUUCUUCCGACGACCACGACCGUGUUGCCUACGGAUCCCAACGGCAUUGGCCUGGUCAUAAUCCAGACUCCUACCGUUGGCUCUCUGUCCGGCACUCCGUCUACCGUCUUUACGACCGUCCCGGCCACGGGAUCUAUCCCGACCACAGCGACGGUUACUGGCGCAGACGGAGUUGUUUCCGUCAUUGUGCAGACUCCCGUCUCUAGCAUUCUGAGGUCCACUGUCUUCACCACAGUUCCUGGCACCGGCCUUCUGCCCCAGACCACGACCGUCACCGGCGCCGAUGGUGUUGUAUCUGUUAUCUUACAGACUCCCGCCACUUCCGGACAGGCACUAUCGACCAUCUUCACUACAGCCCCUGGUACUGGCCUCCUACCCCAGACUACGACUGUUACUGGAGCCGAUGGCAUUGUCUCUGUCAUCCUACAGACUCCUACUACAUCUGGACAGGUACUUUCAACUGUCUUUACUACGGUUCCUGGCACCGGUCUCCUUCCCCAGGCUACAACAGUCACCGGAGCGGAUGGUGUGGUGUCUGUUAUUCUCGAGACCCCGACUUCCAGCACCAGCGCUUCUGGAGGUGUAACCUCAAGCACCGCUGGAGCACCGACUACGGUUUUCACAACAGUUCCUGGGUCCGCCGCUCUACCGGCAACUACAACAGUCACCGGCCUGGAUGGCGUCGUUUCCGUCAUCUACCUCGAGCCGACAUCUUCUGGCCAGAGUUCCGUCGCGCUCACCACCGUCUUCACAACAGUGCCCGGUACCGGAGCCCUCCCGGUGACUUCCAUCAUCACCGGAGCCAACGGAGUGGUGUCAGUCAUCGUAUCAGAGCCCACCUCCAGCCUACUGGCAGGCUCCUUCACCACCAUCACCACUGGUGGGCCGGUCGCCGCAACGAGCACGAUUCUCCCUGCGAUCAUCGGCGGAGUUGGCACUGUCAUUGUGCAGACGCCGACGAUCUCGGCAAGCCCCGGCGGAUUCGUCACCGUCACAUCUGGUGGCCCGGUCGCGUCGACCUUUACCCUCUCAGCGGCCGACUCUGCCGGCGUCCAGACGGUUGUCAUCCAGACUCCUACCGUUAGCCCCACCGCUUCAUCAGCAUCGGUCUCGAGUCGCGGCAUCACCACGGUCACAUCUACUUACGGUGGAAGCAUUCGCUUCACAACGUCCAUCGAUGUCAACAUUAGUGCAGACGUGUCUGUCAUCGUCUUCGUGCCUUCCACCGAGGCCGGUGCCACGACAACGGCUUCCAGCGGCAGCUCGUACACCACCGUGACCACUGGUGUUCCUGGCACUUUCACUGGAACGCAGACGACGACGCUUCCUCCUGGGCCUGACGGAUACGCGACGGUACUUGAGCAGACUGCCGACCCCGAUGCCACUUCCAGUCCCGAUGCCACCUCCAGUCCCGAUGCCACCUCCAGCCCCAGCGCUGUCUCGUACACAACCAUCGCAACUGGAAUCAUUGGAAGCUUUGUUGGUCUUCAGACCACAACCUUGCCGGCAGGACCCAACGGUUUGGCUACCGUCCUUGUCCAAAGUGCCGUUCCUUCUCAGAGCGUCUCGUUCACCACCAUCUUGUCCGGAGUGCCUGGAACCUUUAUUGGAACUCAAGCAACAACUUUGCCCGCGGGUACCAAUGGCAUCGUGACUGUCCUCCUCCAGACUGCUCUGCCAACCGCAAGCCCGGUCUCGUACACGACGAUUGCCUCUGGAGUUCCUGGUACUUUUGCCGGGCUUCAGACAACUACCCUGCCAGCUGGCCCUGAUGGCAUCGCGACAGUCCUUGUACAGAGUGCUCUGCCAACCGCAAGCCCAACUUCCUAUACGACAAUCUUCUCAGGAGUGCCUGGGACGUUCGUCGGGUCUCAGACGACUACAUUGCCUGCCGGCCUUGAUGGUAUUGCUACGGUUGUUGUUCAAAGUGCUCUUCCUACAUCGGGAGUUUCCUACACUACAGUAUUCUCUGGUGUGCCUGGCACUUUCAUCGGACCUCAGACCACUACUUUGCCCGCCGGCCCCAACGGUCUUAUCACGGUCCUUGUCCAGAGCGCUCUGCCAACCGCAAGCCCAACUUCCUAUACAACAAUCUUCUCAGGAGUGCCUGGAACAUUUGCCGGCCCUCAGACUACCACCCUACCAGCUGGCCUUGAUGGCAUCGCUACGGUUGUUGUUCAAAGUGCACUACCUACAUCCGGCGUCUCUUAUACAACAGUUUUCUCCGGGGUCCCAGGGACUUUCAUUGGGCCUCAAACCACGACUUUGCCUGCUGGCCCUGACGGCCUUGUCACUGUUGUUGUUCAGAGCGCCCUUCCAACAUCUGGUGUCUCUUACACGACAUUGUUCUCUGGGGUACCUGGCACCUUCAUCGGAUCUCAAACCACGACUCUGCCUGCUGGCCCUGACGGAUUGGCUACUGUGCUUGUUCAAAGCGCGAUUCCGACGUCUGGCGUUUCUUUCACAACUGUGUUUUCUCCGGUCUCCGGCACCUUCGUUGGUCCUCAAACCAGAACCUUGCCUGCUGGUCCGGACGGACUUGUCACUGUGCUUGUUCAAAGCGCAAUCCCAACGUCCGGCGUCUCGUACACGACUCUCCUUACAGGUGUUCCUGGAAACUUCCCUGGGCUGCUUACCAGUACCCUCCCAGCUGGACCAGACGGAAUCGCGACGGUGCUUAUUCAGAGUGCCCUCCCUACUACAAGCCCAGCCGCAUUCACCACUAUCGUCACUGGUAUCCCUGGCACCUUCAUCGGAGCUCAGACGACUACUCUACCAGUUGGAAGCAAUGGUGUCGCUACCAUUUUGAUCCAGACCGCUUUGCCAACCGCGAGUCCAACUUCAUACACCACCAUCUUCAGCGGUAUUCCUGGCUUGCUCGGACCACAGACGAGCACUCUUCCAGCCGGAAGCAAUGGCGUUGCCACUGUUGUCAUCCAGACCGCUUUGCCAACCGCAAGCCCGACUUCGUACACCACAAUCUUCAGCGGUAUUCCGGGCUUGCUUGGGCCACAGACAACCACUUUACCAGUUGGCCCUGACGGGGUUGCAACUGUUCUUAUCCAGACCUCCUUGCCAACUGCAAGUGCAACAUCGUAUACCACCUUAUUCAGUGGUGUUCCCGGUCUGCUCGGGCCGCAAACGAGCACUUUACCGGCCGGGCCGGAUGGAGUCGCGACUGUCCUUAUCCAGUCUGCUCUGCCAACAGCCAGUCCAACUUCGUAUACUACUUUAUUUAGUGGCAUCCCAGGUCUAGUUGCGUCGCGGACGAGCACCUUGCCAGUUGGCCUAGACGGCCUUGGAACUGUCCUCAUCGAGACUCCUCUGCCAAGCACCAGCCCGACGUUGUUCACGACUCUCUUCACCGGAAUCCCUGGCACCUUCAUUGGGUCCUUAACAAGUACGCUUCCCGCUGGUCCUAACGGAAUCGCCACUGUGAUCGUUCAGACUGCUUUGCCAACAGCAAGCCCGACGUCAUAUACCACCUUGUUCAGUGGCAUUCCGGGUACCUUUAUCGGAUCACAGAUUACAACCUUGCCUGCUGGACCAGACGGAAUCGCAACGGUCCUUGUGCAAACUGCUCUACCAACCGCUCUCCCGUCAUCUUACACAACAGUGAUAAGCGGAGUUCCUGGCACAUUCCUUGGUAGCCAGACAACAACUCUCCCAGCUGGCCUUGAUGGUAUCGCUACUGUUGUUAUCCAAACCGCAUUGUCUACAGCAUCCCCCGCAUCAUACACCACGCUCUUGACUGGCAUCGCAGGGACAUUCUUAGGCUUACAGACAUCCACCUUGCCAGUCGGUCCCAACGGCAUCGCCACUGUUCUCAUCCAGAGUGCCCUACCUACAGUAAGCCCAACGUCUUAUACCACUUUGUUCACUGGCAUCCUAGGGAACUUCUUGGGCUUGCAGACAUCCACCUUGCCGGUCGGUCCCAACGGCAUCGCAACUGUUCUCAUCCAGAGUGCCCUACCUACAGCAAGCCUAACGUCUUAUACCACUUUGUUCACUGGCAUCCCAGGGAACUUCUUGGGCUUGCAGACAUCCACCUUGCCGGUCGGUCUCAACGGCAUCGCAACUGUUCUUGUCCAAAGUGCCCUACCCACGGCCAGCCCGACAUCAUAUACCACCUUGGUCACUGGUAUUCCGGGCACAUUCCUCGGCUUGCAAACAUCAACGCUGCCUGCUGGGAUCAAUGGCAUCGCAACUGUUCUCAUCCAGAGUGCCCUACCUACAGCAAGCCCGACGUCUUAUACCACUUUGUUCACUGGCAUCCCAGGGAACUUCUUGGGCUUGCAGACAUCCACCUUGCCGGUCGGUUCCAACGGCAUCGCAACUGUUCUUGUCCAAAGUGCCCUACCCACGGCCAGCCCUACCUCGUAUACCACUUUAGUCACUGGUAUCCCAGGCACAUUCAUCGGCUCGCUAACUUCAACGCUGCCUGCCGGUCUCAAUGGGGUUGCGACUGUUCUUAUUCAAACAGCGCUUCCAACCUCAAGUCCUGUGGCGUAUACAACCCUGCUUACCGGGAUCCCAGGAUCGUUCUUGGGCUCACAAACAACUACGCUACCAGCUGGUGCGGAUGGCUUGGCAACCGUUCUUAUUCAGACUGCCCUCCCAACAGCAAGUCCCACCUCAUAUAUCACGAUUCUUACUGGGGUGCCCGGAACUUUCGCUGGCACUCAAGCUACAACACUCCCCGUGGGAACCGAUGGCAUCGCCACGGUCAUCUUCCAGACGGCUGUUCCAACGCCAACUUCAAGCAGCUCUGGUGUCGCAUAUACUACCAUUUUGACUGGAGUUAUCGGCUCCUUCGUUGGCACUCAGACGACCACUCUGCCCAUCGUCGGCGGCACUGUUGGCACUGUUCUCUUGGAGACUGCUCUGGCCUCGCCCAGCCCCGUUGUCUCUUACACGACGAUUUUGACCGGUAUCCCGGGAUCGUUCAUUGGCACACAGGCAACCACACUCCCGAUAAGCGUCGGCAGCAUCGGCACGGUUCUUCUACAGACCGCUAUUCCUACAGCAACUCCCAGCGUCAGCGUCAGCAUCACCUACAUCACCAUUGUCACUGGUGUCUUUGGUACUUUUGCCGGAACUCAGACGAGCACUUUGCCCAUAUCUUCCAUCCCAGGGUUCGGGCUCGGCAAUACGGCCACAGUCCUUCUGCAGACUGCAAUUCCCCCAACGAGCGCCAUUUCAUAUACCACCGUUGUUUCUGGUAUCGUUGGAAGCUUUACCGGAACGCGGGCCACGACCCUUCCGGGCGUUGGCCCCGAUGGCUUGGCUACCGUGCUUCUCGAGACGGCCAUUCCCGCGGCAGCUUCAUACACAACUCUGGUCACCGGCAUUCCGGGCUCUUUCAUCGGCACUCAGACCACGACCCUGCCGGGCACUGGAGCUGACGGCCUCGGGACGGUUCUCUUACAGACAGCGCUUCCCACAGCCACAGCAGCCUCAUACACAACCAUCGUUAGCGGCAUUUUGGGCAGUUUUACUGGUACUCAAACCACAACCUUGCCAGGAACUGGCAUUAAUGGUCUUGGUACGGUCGUCUUGCAGACGGCUAUUCCCACGACUACUGCGGCUUCCUACACAACCAUUGUUACUGGUAUCAUUGGGAACUUUGUUGGAACGCAGACAACUACUCUACCUGGAACCGGUAUCAACGGCCUCGAGACCGUUCUUUUGCAGACGGCACUUCCAGCAGCUACGUCCUAUACAACAAUCUUCAGUGGUAUCGUUGGAAACUUCCCUGGCACUCAAACAACCACCCUACCCGGUACUGGGAUCAACGGCAUUGGAACCGUUCUUUUGCAGACGGCACUUCCAGCGGCUACAUCGUACACUACCGUUUUCAGUGGCAUCGUCGGCAGCUUCAUUGGAACCCAAACGACAACCCUGCCCGGCACCGGAGCCGAUGGUCUUGGUACCGUCGUUUUGCAGACCCCCAUACCUACCACGAGCCUUUCGUUCACGACUCAAAUCACUGGUAUCGCUGGUAACUUCGUCGGUACUCAAACCACCACGCUGCCUGUCGUUGGCUCUGGAAAUGUGGCAACUGUCCUCCUCCAGACUGCCCUUCCUAUUGCUUCAUACACGACACUUUUGACAGGAGUCCCCGGAUCUUUCAUCGGCACCCAGACAUCCACAUUGCCUGUUGUUGGAAGCGGUGGAGUGGUCACUGUCCUUCUCCAGACUGCCCUUCCUGUUGUUUCCUACACGACUCUUUUGACCGGAGUCCCUGGAUCCUUCGUUGGCACACGGACGUCCACUUUGCCCGUCAUUGGAAGCGGUGGAGUGGCCACCGUUUUGCUUGAAACUGCCGUUCCUGAUGUUUCGUACACAACGUUAUUGACGGGCAUUCCUGGAAACUUCGUUGGAACUUUGGCGACCACACUGCCGGUCAUCGGCACUGGCAACGUUGCCACGGUUCUGCUCCAGACGGCUCUGCCUUCCGCCACCAGCUCAUCGUCGGUCCCGUCAGUCACUGUUAUCAACACUUCGUACGUGACUAUCGUCACCGGAGUCUUUGGCAGUUUUGCUGGGACCCAAACGACUACUCUGCCGGCUGCCAUCACCAACCCAGGGCUGGUCACCGUGCUUCUGCAGACGGCAAUCUCAAGCUCCGGGUCGACGUUGUACACAACGCUUCUUACUGGCAUCAACGGAACCAACUUCCCCGGAACGAGGACAACCACUCUUCCGGUCAUCGGAACUAUCGGUACAGUUCUUUUGGAGACUGCCAUCCCUGAUGCUCCAGUCACUUCCUACACGACCAUUCUCACUGGUCUCACUGGCGUGAGCUUCCCUGGGACGAGGGCGACAACUCUUCCGGUCAUUGGAACUAUCGGUACAGUCCUUUUGGAGACUGCCAUCCCUGAUGCUCCAGUCACUUCCUACACGACCAUUCUCACUGGUCUCACUGGCGUGAGCUUCCCUGGGACGAGGGCGACAACUCUUCCGGUCAUUGGAACUAUCGGUACAGUCCUUUUGGAGACUGCCAUCCCUGAUGCUCCAGUCACUUCCUACACAACCAUUCUCACUGGUCUCAGUGGCGUAAGCUUCCCUGGUACAAGGGCAACAACUCUCCCAGUGAUUGGCACUAUCGGAACUGUUCUUCUCGAGACCGCCAUCCCCGAUGCCCCAGUCACCUCUUAUGUCACAAUCCCGACUGGUAUUCUCGGUGCCAGCUUCCUUGGAACCCAGCUUUCAACGCUGCCGGUUUCGGGCACUAUUGGAACUGUUUUGCAGCAGACCGCCAUUCCCAACCCAGUUACGUCGUAUGUCACAAUUCCAACUGGUAUUUUGGGGGCAUCGUUCCUCGGAACCCAGUUCUCGACUUUGCCAGUUGUCGGUACUGUUGGUACUGUAUUGCAACAGACUGCUAUUCCCAAUCCAGUUACGUCGUACGUUACAAUCCCGACUGGUAUCUUAGGAGCGUCGUUCCUCGGAACCCAGUUCUCAACUCUGCCAGUCGUCGGCACCAUCGGCACCGUGCUACAGCAGACCGCCAUUCCCAACCCAGUAACGUCGUAUGUCACGAUCCCAACUGGUAUACUCGGGGCAUCGUUCCUCGGCACCCAGUUUUCGACUUUGCCAGUUGUCGGUACUGUUGGUACUGUAUUGCAACAGACUGCUAUUCCAAACCCAGUUACAUCGUAUGUCACGAUUCCGACUGGCAUCCUCGGGGCAUCAUUCAUCGGCACCCAGUUCUCAACUCUACCAGUCGUCGGCACCAUCGGCACCGUUCUGCAGCAGACCGCCAUCCCCAACCCCGUCACCUCCUACACAACCAUCUUCAGCGGAGUCCAGGGAGCAAGCUUCCUUGGAAGUCAAAUCUCUACUCUCCCUGUCGUUGGCACAAUCGGAACCGUGUUGGUCCAGACGGCAAUCCCCAACCCAGUUACCUCAUAUACAACAAUUCUUACGGGGGUCAGCGGCGUCUUUGCCGGGACACGGGCGACCACACUACCUGUGUCCGGCACCAUCGGAACCGUGCUUCUGGAGACGGCUUUGCCAGAAGUACCAGCCACUUCGUACACCACAGUUCUCACCGGUGUGCAAGGGACAUUCCUCGGCCUGCAGACCACGACUCUGCCGGUCGCGGGCACGCUCGGAACCGUCCUGGUUCAGUCGGCUUUGCCUCUUGUUACCUCGUACACCACUGUGUUCAGCGGUGUCACCGGCCUCGCUGGCCCGCUUACAUCCACACUCCCGGUGACCGGCACUGUCGGAACCGUUGUUAUCGAGACGGCCCUUCCAGUCAUCACUUCAUACACCACUAUCUUCAGUGGUAUUCCUGGUCUGGCUGGGCCCGUCACGAGCACGAUACCGGCCGUGGGAGGGGGAAACCUCGCAACCGUUCUUGUCCAGACUGCUCUGCCCCUCGUCACCUCAUACACCACAGUAUUCAGUGGUGUCACUGGCCUGGCUGCCCCUCUCACUUCUACGCUUCCAGUCAGCGGUACAGUUGGGACCGUGGUUGUUCAGACUGCCCUUCCCGUUGUUACAUCUUACACCACAAUCUUCAGUGGCGUUACAGGCCUUACUGGGCCUGUCACAAGCACAAUCCCGGCUGUCAGUGGAAAUCUUGCGACUGUUGUCAUUCAGACUGCUCUCCCGGUUGUCACUUCGUACACUACUGUCUUCAGUGGUGUUACUGGUCUUUCUGGACCUGUUACAAGCACGAUACCGGUCGUGGGAGGAGGAAAUGUCGCAACAGUCCUUGUCCAGACUGCCCUUCCCAUCGGUACAUCAUACACUACCGUCUUCCAAGGCGUUACUGGUCUUACUGGACCAGUCACAAGCACGAUACCGGCUGUCAGUGGGAAUCUUGCGACUGUUGUCAUUCAGACUGCCCUUCCCAUCGUUACAUCAUACACCACCGUCUUCCAAGGCAUCGCUGGUCUUACUGGACCAGUCACCAGUACAAUCCCGGCAGUCGGAGGUGGAAACCUCGCAACUGUCCUUGUCCAAACCGCCCUGCCCGUCAUCACCUCAUACACCACUGUCUUCAGUGGCGUUACUGGUUUACUGAACCCAUUGACAAGCACAAUUCCCGGAAGCGGAAGCAUUGCCACUGUUGUCAUCCAGACUGCUCUCCCUGUUGCGACAUCGUAUACAACAAUCUUCCAAGGCGUGACUGGUCUUACCGGACCAGUCACCAGUACGAUCCCCGCUGUCGGAGGAGGAAAUCUUGCGACUGUUGUUGUCCAGACUGCUCUUCCGGUCAUAACAUCUUACACGACUGUCUUCAAUGGUGUUACUGGCCUACUGAAUCCCAUAACCAGUACUAUACCUGGGGUUGGCAGCAUUGCCACAGUUGUGAUCCAGACGGCCUUGCCUGUUGCCACGUCUUACACAACUGUCUUCAGCGGUGUUACUGGUCUACUCAACCCAGUGACGAGCACCAUAUCUGGGGCUGGCAGCGUUGCCACAGUCGUCAUCCAGACAGCCCUUCCAGUCGUAACCUCCUACACAACGGUUUUCAGUGGUGUUGCCGGCUUACUAAACCCUGUCACAAGCACUAUUCCUGGAGCCGGCAGUAUCGCAACUGUGGUUAUCCAGACGGCUUUGCCUGUUGUAACCUCAUAUACCACAGUCUUCAGCGGCGUUGCUGGACUUGCGGCACCUGUCACAAGCACUAUUCCUGGAGCCGGCAGUAUCGCAACUGUGGUCAUCCAAACUGCUCUGCCCGUUGUUACGUCAUAUAUCACAGUCUUCAGCGGCGUUGCUGGACUUGCGGCACCUGUCACAAGUACUAUCCCUGGUGUAGGCAGCGUUGCAACUGUGGUAAUCCAGACGGCCUUGCCUGUUGUCACCUCGUAUAUAACAGUGUUCAGCGGCGUGACAGGUCUCGCUGCGCCAGUCACAAGCACCGUCCCUGGCGCCGGCAGCAUCGUGACUGUGGUUGUCCAGACGGCUUUGCCUGUUCUAAACCCCGUCUACACGACCAUCCCCACUGGAGUCACGGGCGCCUUUGCCGGAGUUUCGUUCGUCACCCUCUCUGGUUCCGGAGUCACCAGGACAGUCCUCGCUCAAACAGCUCUGCCAUCAAGUACGUCGUACACCACCGUUACGACUGGCGUCGUUGGCACAUUUACCGGAACUCGGGUCACCACCGCCGGAAACACGGUCUUCCAGGAGACGGCCUUCCCGCGCAGCACACAGACGUAUCAGCCCUCGGGAUGUAUCCCGACGCCGUCCGCCGCUGCCUCUACGGGCGGUGUCUGUCUUUCGAACCCUACUUUGCCAUCUGCGUGCUCGACACUUACUGGGACCCUCUUCGGCUACAGCCAAGCCGCUUUGGACGCCUGCAGAAUCGCUCUGGGAACGACCGCCAAUUUCCCUGGCGUCGAUACCUGUCUCCCACUCAGCCUACUUGGUAACCUCUUGGGAUUCAACCAUGCCCAGUGUCUUACAGCCGCCUUGAACAAGGUGUGUAUCCCGAGACUUCCCACCGCUUGCGCCGGCCUCGCCACGGCUGUCGGGCAGGAUGUUAUCACAGCCAAUGUCAAGCUUUGUUCCCAGGCCCUCGGUGCCUUCAACCAGACCGUAGGCAUUGUGUCCAAGACGGCGUCAGGUGCCUUGGGCUGUACAAGCACCGUCUUCACCAGUGGCCUCGCCGCUCUCAACUGCUUCGAAAGCAGGCUCGCCCUGCCAGUCAACUCGACGGCCGCCGGGCUUACGAACGCAGUCCUUUGUCCUACGCCAGGCAAGGCUUGUGGUCAAGCUCCCGCGGCUUGCGGCUCGCUCCUCGACAUCACGCUGGACACGACCCAGAUUGGGGCCGCGCUCAAUACUUGCCAGCUCGAACUCAACAAUCUACUCUCAUCUUUAGGACAAACAGUAACCAACACCGUGGGUGUAUUAGGUUGUACACUUGGUGAUGUUGUCGGUCUUGUGGGCAACCUCCUUGGACAAAAGACACAAUCGUACGCCCAGUGUAUACAACAGCAGGCUGCGGCAAGCUGCAUCACCACACUGCCCGACACUUGUCUCAAACUGGGAGUCAAUGCAAGCAACGGCAUAAAUGUUGGCCUCGUCAGCUCGGCAGACCUGCUGAGUUGUGUCACCAGUCUCGGCCCGCUCCUGGCCAACGGCGCCGCCCUCCAGUGUCUGAGCCUGUCACUGACGGGAGACGCCAUCGUAAACUGUUUGAACUUGCGCCUGUUCGGCAUCGCCGAGGUCAACGUCACAGUUUAA